AAUCCACCACACGGACUUCUACUGCUCUCCAAGAGUGAAAUCUAAAGCCUCGACGAGUGAAUAGUGAGAAGAAAAAUUGGAGUGAUAUUAUUUACUGCAUUUAUCGACGAGAUUUUUCAUUCGUCUGGAAAUAUAUGUUUGAGUGACAGUGGAAAUAGUUAAUUUUGGCGUCGGUGAGGGGAGGCCAGUGGGAUCGUGCAAUAAGUGAAUUUUAUCAUUUCCUCACAUUGAUUUUAUAAAUUAUAAUUGACGGAUUAAUCAAUUAAAUAUCAGAAUUUUUCGAGUCACGUUGAUUAAUCAUCAUCAGCAUGAAUAAAAUAUUGGGAAUGAACUAUUGCACAGUUUUCUCUGUUCUUAGAAGUCCCGAGGAGGGUGAAUCAUUAAAGCGAUUUGUCGAAAAAAAGUUGAAAAAUUAAAGCUCUCCCCUGAGAAGAUAAAAUUCAGAUUUUUUUAUCCCGUGAUCUGGGUAACAGCUGCAAAAUUUUGUGGACUUCACAUCGACCUCUAAAUAUAGAAGAGGUGAAUACGAGGAGAGGAAAAAUUGUGAUUUAGCAGUUUCUGUUACGUAAAUUUUUUUUUUUGCAAUUCCACUCGAAGUGUUUUUUCCCCAUUAUUGAUUCCCGAGAACGUUUACACGUGCCAGGUGCCACCAGUCACAGUCCUCGAGAAUUCAUUGUGAUUUAUUGACAUUCGUCUUGCGUGUGGAUAAGAAAAAGUGUACCAAAGUCAUUAGUGGUAAUUAAACAUCGUGUCAUUAAGGGCAUUGAAUUGUGUUGAUAUAGCAGAUAAUUAUCUACGUUGACGAAUCCGAAGGAAAAAAAUAUUAUAGACAAUCAUUGUCAACAUCAAUCAGGACUACGGGGAAAAUUAACCAGGCUCUGUUCUGUCAAUAUCACAGUAACAGUGAAUUUUUAAACCAGAGAAUCUCCAGGACUUCGAAAAUCCCUCGGAAGAUAAAUAAUUGCCGAUCUAGAAAGACGGCAUUUCGAUUCUAAUUACCUCCAGUGAUGUAUUUGCGAUCGAUCGAGGAAAAAGGGUGCGAAAAAUUCCAAAAGGUGCAAUUUCCCCUAGGAUCAGGUGGAAAUACCUCACUUAUCGACGAAGAUUCCCUACUGUUGUGUCCAACAAUUAUCCAAUCAAUUGCAUUACCCCGAGGUAUGAGUGAGGGUGAACGUGCAGUAACAACUCCACGAAUUGGCUGGAGAAAAUUAACCGAUCCCGGUGAUUGACACGACGACAAUCGAGCAAUUACAACGAUACGAUAGCAUAAAUUGAUUUAUCAUCGAUCGUCAUUAUUGGAAAAAUUAUCUAGGGAUUUUCACGGUUAUUUUGUUGAUGUACUGAUGGAAUCGAUAGUGAAAUUGUUUGUGAUCGAUGAUUUGAUGAGGGAUAUAAGGAUGGCGGGCAAUCGGUGUCGGUAGCAGACGGGGUUUAUCGAUUGUUCGUUACGGAAGAGGGGUACAUGACCCUGGUUGAAGGAUCCAGGGGGUUGGAUCCAUUGAUAUGAACCUUGAGAGAUCGAUCGGUUGAACAAUCGAUUUGGUGGUGAGAGUACAGGUGGGGACUCACUGAUUAAUCAUUUGGAAAGACAAUAAGUGGUUUGUGCAGUGGUCUCGGGAAUUUUGUGGUUUAUAAGAGGCCCAUCUAAGAGUUGGAGUUACCAACUAGUGGUGCAGAGAUUUGGGGUUUGGGGCGGUUUAAUCGAAAAGGGUGGUGGUAACCAUGCCGGCAACACCGAAGAAGCUCAAUCUGAGCUUUGCCAAGAAUGCGUACAGUGUCUUUGGGGGCAGAAGGGUGGGCGAUGGGGAGGAACAACGUACGGAACAGAAAACUGAGUUGUUAGAGGGAACCCGAGGCAAUGGCCUCCUCCACCUCAAGAAUGGUGUGGACUACAUCAACCCCGGGGAGGAGGACCAAAUGGAAAUUUAUGGAUACAAGAGAAACAAGGCGCGUACCAUAGCCACCUGGUUUCUGAUCAUCAUCACGGGCGGUCUCCUUCGACUAGUCUUCCACUGGGUGCCGCAUCUGAUGCUUCUGGCGACACAUUCCAAAUGUCCAAUGGAGGAGGCAGAGACCGUUCUCUUGAUCGAACGGUUCCAAGGAAAGCACACGAGUUACUACGUGAAGAGAUUGAGGACCAUGACAGCUAAAGAAGUCUCGAAAAAUAUCGACGAAGACUCGCUGAUUGAUGAACCCUUCUCCGACGCCGGAAGCUUACAGAGCGUAUCAGUAGGUGGAGAGGAGCCGAUGCUCUCUGUACAUCUGACGGGGGGUCAAUUCAAGGCGGUGUCAUCAAUCAUCACUUUCAACUGUAAAAAGCUGACGUACAUCUGGGACACGGAACGAUCGGAAUUUAUGAAGCUAGCAGGCCUCGACAAUGGCGUGUUAACGUCAACCCUCCACCAGAUGCCUGGUCUUAAUUCCCUCGAGCAAUUUCUUAGACGAAGUGUUUAUGGUAACAAUGAAAUCGUCAUUCCCGUGAAGAGUUUUGUCACUCUUCUCUGUCUUGAAGUACUUAAUCCAUUCUACGUCUUCCAAAUAUUCAGCUUCUGUCUCUGGAUUGCUGAUGAUUAUUAUUAUUAUGCUAUGGCUAUUAUUUCGAUGUCGUGCUUUGGUAUUGGAAUGGCUGUUCUGCAAACUCGAAGAAAUCAGCACAAACUGUCAUCAACAGUUCACUCCUCCGACGUUGCCACAGUAAUGCGUGAUCGUACAACCGGUAAAAUAGAUUCCGUUGCAGCUGAACGUCUUGUACCCGGUGAUAUCCUGGUGAUUCCUCCCCAUGGCUGUCUAAUGCCCUGCGAUGCAGUGCUUCUAACCGGCAACUGUAUCCUAAACGAGUCCAUGCUAACCGGUGAGUCCGUCCCAGUAACAAAAACUCCAAUUCCCUCCUCCAACGAGAUUACCUACGAUACUAAAGAACACGCUCGUCAUACCCUCUUCUGCGGCACAAAAAUCAUUCAAACCCGAUAUUUCGGGGGUGAGAAGGUCCUCGCGGUGGUUGUGAGGACGGGAUUCACCACUAGUAAGGGUGGUCUUGUUCGAUCGAUAAUGUACCCACCACCGGUUGAUUUCAAAUUCGAGCAGGACUCGUAUAAAUUUGUGACACUUCUCGCUUGUAUUGCGAGUAUCGGAGUGAUUUAUACGACCAUAACAAAAACUCUGAGGGGAGUUGCCGCUGGGCAUAUUGUCCUCGAAGCCCUUGAUCUCGUCACCAUCGUUGUCCCUCCCGCUCUGCCAGCGGCCAUGACAGUUGGCCGUCUUGUUGCUCAAAAUCGCUUAGAGAAGAAGCGAAUUUACUGUACAAGCCCUCGAGCUAUUAACGUUUCGGGAUCCAUCGAUUGCAUCUGUUUCGAUAAAACGGGAACAUUAACUGAGGAUGGCUUGGAUAUGUGGGGGGUUGUUCCGGCGAUUGAUAAGAAAUUUCAGAUUCCGGCAAAGAGUGCCGCGUGCCUUCCGGUGAACGAGAUGCUCGUGGGGAUGGUGACUUGUCACGGAAUCACUAUUAUCGAUGGGUCACUUGUGGGUGAUCCCCUGGACCUGAAGAUGUUCGAGUCAACGGGGUGGCGUCUCGAAGAGCCCGACGUCUCUGAUAACUCCAAGUUUUCAAUGAUGUUUCCAACUAUCGUGCGACCGUCGAAGGAAUCGAGACCCUGGCAAACCCCAAAUCGUGAUUUGGGGCUGUCCCGGGGGAGACGAAGUUCCGCGAACUCCGAGGCUCUGGAGAAUCUUUCGCUGAGUAACCUCACGGCAUCAGACGCAGAUCUGGCGGAACAAGGAUUGGAGAUUGGUAUUGUCAGACAGUUCCCGUUCACGUCGAGUCUCCAGAGGAUGAGUGUUAUCACGAGAACCCUGGGAGCCAAUCACUUUGAUCUCUACUGCAAGGGCAGUCCGGAGAUGAUUCUUAGUCUCUCGAACCCAGAAUCAGUCCCCACUGAUUUUGCUUCUGUUCUUCAGGAGUAUACGUCUGAGGGUUACAGGGUUAUCGCAUUAGGUCACAAAUCCCUGAAUCGAUUGACCUACACGAAGGUCCAGAGGAUCAACCGAGAGGCGGCAGAAACUGACUUAACAUUUUUGGGUUUCGUGGUUUUGGAGAAUCGGCUGAAGCCAGAGACAACCCCUGUCAUCGAAGCACUCAACCGCGCGUGCAUUAAGAUUGUCAUGGUGACGGGUGACAACAUGCUUACUGCCUUGUCAGUGGCUAGAGAUUGCGGAAUGCUGAAUCCGGGAAUGCCAGUAAUUGCUGUGGCCGCUGUAACUCAGCAGAAUCAACAGAAGCCUCACCUGUACUUUACGCGAAGUGAUGGACAGCAAUCACCGAUAUCUCCGAAUGGCCAAAGCAGCAUCAGCGAGAUGACUGAUCUCAAUAGCAUCACAUCAUUUGAUACAAUAGAGAAUGGCUUCGUCAACAGUACGGUAGACAAUGGAGUAUAUCUGUCUGACAAGGUACACACUAGCAACAAGUACGUCUUCUCAUUGACCGGAAAGACUUGGUCGAUGAUCAAGCAACACUACCCAGAGCUUAUUCCGAAGAUUACGACGCGUGGAACUAUCUUUGCGCGGAUGUCACCUGAUCAGAAACAGCAACUUGUACAAGAGCUCCAAUCGUUGGGAUAUUACGUGGCGAUGGUGGGCGAUGGAGCCAAUGAUUGUGGAGCUCUGAAAGCUGCUCACACUGGGAUUUCCCUGUCUGAUACGGAGUCGUCAGUAGCAUCACCAUUCACCAGCAGGGAAACCAACAUCUCGUCCGUUUUGUCCGUCAUUCGCGAGGGCAGAGCCGCACUGGUGACUUCCUUCGGCAUCUUCAAGUACAUGGCUGCAUACUCCUUGACCCAGUUCAUCUCCGUGAUGAUCUUGUACAGCAUAGAGUCAAAUCUAACCGAUAUCGAGUUCCUCUACAUCGAUCUCUUCAUCAUUUCCAUCUUUGCUUUCUUCUUUGGGAGGACAGAAGCAUAUGAUGGUCCACUUGUAAAAACAGCACCAUUGACAAGCCUCAUCAGUACCUCCCCCAUACUCAGUCUCGUUUCUCAAAUGAUCAUUGUCACAGCCUUUCAAUCAAUGAGCUUCUGGCAUCUCAAGCAAACGGAGUGGUACACUCCAUUCAACUCAACUGCAACCAAAGACAAGGAUGAUGUGGGCGGUUUGGAAAAUUAUACUGUGUUCAUUGUCAGUUCUAUGCAGUACAUCAUCCUCGCGGUGGUGUUCUCCAAGGGUCAUCCAUAUCGAAAAUCCCUCUUCACCAAUUAUGGCCUCCUCGCUUCGUUCAUCCUGACUGCACUCUUCUCGGUGUACCUUGCGAUAGCACCGUUUGAUUGGCUAGCUAUGAAGUUUGAGCUGAUACUCCCGGAAGAUAUGGGCUUCAGGAUAAUCCUCAUCGUCUAUGGCUUUGCCAACUUCAUCAUAGCGAUGCUAGUCGAGCAUUUGUUCGUCGAUUAUCUAGUCUUCAAGAAACUCAGGUAUCGCUGGCAUGACGUGGACAAGUCUAAGCGGAAGUUCCUCGCCAUCGAGCGCGACAUGGCGAAAAAUCUAAAGUGGCCACCUGUAUCGCAGGAGCCUCUUCCAGAAGCUGCACCGGAUAUUCUCAUACGACAGAACACUGUGACGGAGAUCAAGAUUGAGAAGCGAAUCCCAGAGGGGCGAGAGGUCGAGCCGACCUUUCUCAAUUCACCGGCCUCUGUUAACUUUAAACGUUUCGGAUCUGCACGAGAGGUGACCCUCAACGCAAGGUCACUUUUUGAUGAUCAACGGAAUACAGUAUCGAUGCAAGCGGUUCCCAUUCGAUUCGAGGAUCGAGAGCUGGAUAAUGUCAGACGACCCAAACUCGAUUUGCCGUUGAAGAGACGACACAAUUCGGAGUCGGAAAAUGGUAUUGACAGCUGCGAGGGACAUAGACUGAAGCAAAUAAAUCCGAUCGCUACUUUGCCGAGGGGACAGUCCAAUCAGGGAAAUCACAAGGUCACCGAGUUCUCGAGGAUUCAUAAGAGCGAAGAUCUGGGGGGUGUAACGCAGAGUGUUGUUGAAUUGGAUAUCCUGCCUUCUUGAGGAAGAAUUCCCAGGGGCAGGGGGGGUGGGCUAUGAGGGUGGUGAAGGGAUGAUGGCACGGUGCUAACUUGUUUUUAAUCAUGAGGGUGUUAGUGCAUUUAGAAUCGUUUUAAAGAGAUUUAUAAUUUUUUUUUUUUUACGUAACUCGCCAUUUUCUGCAGGGGUAUCCCCGGGUCCCUUUUGACCCUCAGCAUUGUUAUUCAUAUAGAGUAUUGAGUAUCCCAAAUGUUCUUCAUUUAAAGUAUUAUUAAGUUCGUUAGAAGAGUAUUUUUUUAGGGAGAGAGGUAAUAAUUGAGGUUAAGUUGGCAUAACCUGAAAGUUGGUUAGAGAUUUGGACCACUUGGAAUUAAUAAAAUGGAGGAUUAAUUUUGAUAUUCAUAAUUAAUUCUCGAUUCUUAAGAAUGUAUUCAGUUUAUUUAAUAGGAUGCGUAAACGUAAGUACUUAGUAAGAAGUGAGAUAAGGGGGAGAAAAUUUUGUCUUUCCAAUGAUCACCGAAAAAAUGAUUUUUUCGUUCAUAAUUUUACGAGGACAACUCCAAGUGCCAGACACAUGGAAAUGAUUAUCAAAAUUUAUUUUAGGGUACCGGCUCUCAUUUCUUAUAUGAUUGGGCCGUCCCCUCGAACAUGAAAAAUCAGAAUAAUUAUAGGAAAUGAGAAGAAAUAUUGUAAUUAAUUGUAACGACUAGAUAAUUGACUUGAAAAAUGUUUAAAAGUGUGAAUUUUCGUGGGCGAGUUAAGGAUUUUAAUGUGUACUUAUAAAAAAUGUUAAAAUAAAAAGAUACAUGUGCAUUAUACGAAUAUUUCCGCUCACUCCUGAGGAGUGAAUGCAGUAGAUGGUGAAUGAUAAACUUGUGGAAUUCAUUAAAGAUUAUGAAUAGUUAGAACAGUCUGGAAUAAGGUAUAUUUGUAACGCAUAUGAAACAGUUGUCUUUUGAUUUUUAUUACAAAGAAUCUGUACUUUUUAUUAACCCAUCUAUUUAUUUAUCAAUUAAUGGUGAUUAAGGCUAAUUACUUACAAUGAAAUAAAAAUCUUUUGUCAUUA